GUACACCCGUCUUGCGCUUCAUCCAACGCCCUGGUUCUUUCCCAAUAUCACCUGUAUGCUGGCUGCGCACGACCGCUGUUCAGCCUGAUUGACGAACUCCAAUGAUUUACUUACCUGCGAAAUAAAACACAACUGUCUUCUUUUCGCACCAUACAUUUAAUCGCCGCUAUGCCGCCUCAACCAAUGUCUGCGUCGAUUGGUUCAGCAUGGCGUUCUUUUUGGCAUACCAUGACCUCCUAUGACCGCCAUGCAUCUCAUGACUCUCCUUACCGCACUGGGCGGCACGUCCCUUUGGAUUCCAGCCGCCGCGAUACCCUCACUUCCGUAACCACCGCAGCAGAAUCCCGUCCAGACCUUUCAUCCUUCGAGGAAGAAGAAGCUUCCAAAGCACCAUUAGGCUCAGUGUCUAAUGGCUGGUCGGCCUCCCCUGGUGGUGGUAUAGGCUCCCCUACCCGUCCCUACUCUCCUGGUAUCAGAUCGUUGACUUCACAACGGAGAACGUCUAAUGACCAGGGUACUGAUGGAGCCGGCGCUGGGGAGAUACAAAUGCAAAGUUUUCAUGACGGUGCUCCACCGCCUCCUCCUGUCACUCACUCUUGGAAAAAAAUUGAUCGCUGGGCGGAAGACCAUUACGAAGAGCUAUUCGAUCAAUUGUGCGAAGGAUGCACACAAAAUGAUGUGAACGAAUUAGAACACGAGUUGGAUUGCAGUCUACCGCUCGAGGUACGAGAAUCAUUGCAGAUACAUGAUGGACAAGAAAGAGGUGGCCUCCCGACAGGUAUUAUCUUUGGGUGUAUGCUUCUUGACUGCGAAGAGAUCGUCCAUGAAUGGAAGAAUUGGCGAACUGUGUCUGAAGAGUUCUUUCAAAGUUCAUCAAUAGCUCCACCGCAGCCCCCUUUGAAGGCCUUUGGGGGAUCCUCUUCGGCAGGGCCUUCUCAACAAACCGCGAAUCCUUUGUGGAGAAACGAACUUCUAGAGCGUCAAGACUCGCAGCCGCCUCGUGCUAUUCAGAAAACAUAUGCACACCCUGGUUGGAUUCCUCUUGCCCGCGAUUGGGGCGGAAACUGUAUCGCUGUUGAUCUCGCUCCAGGCCCUGCAGGCAAGUGGGGUCAGGUUAUCAUCUUCGGACGUGAUUACGAUUGCAAAUACGUGAUUGCUCGUUCUUGGGCUGCAUUUUUAUCCAUCGUUGCCGAUGAUUUUUCCAAUCCCAAUGUGUUCGUGGAUGAGGAAUCCGGAGAACUCAAACUCAAACUAUUCAAGAAACAGAACGUGGAGCCUCCUUAUUUGGAGAUUAUGCGGUGGAGAGUAGAUCAGAGGUUUGGGAGACGACCACGACGGAAGCCUGCCAAUGGCCUGGGCCUCAAUACCAACGUCGAUAAGUCUCGAGGUUCUCCGUAUGGAAGCCCGGCCCCAAGCGAGGACCGCGGUCGGUCACCUCAUCGUUUCAACAACCGUGGAGCAACUCAAAGUCCCAAAACACAGUUUGGUGUUUCGAGUCCGCUGGCUCGUGUCACGGAGGAAGUCUCCAGCCCCGCUAACGAUAAAGCUCCCCAAGCGAUAUCUAAACAAAGGGCUCCUUCGGGCGAAGAUCUGAUGGAAAUGUCUACUCCAAUCAUAGCGGAUGCUCCCCAGGACACUACGGCUGAUUCGAAAGUCCUCGGCAAAGCACCUCUACAGGAGGUUCCUAUUUCCGAGAAACCAUCCCAAAACGGCUCUGCUUCAGAUAAUGCAACAGUUCUCGACACAGAGAAUCUUGGCGAGAUGAAGACAGUGGCGAUCUAGAUAUGACGAAGAACGCGUAAUGCUCUGUUGUUAAGUUAAUGGCCUUCUUGUUUGCUGCUCUUCCAUUCCGACGCGUCAAGAUC